AUGGUGAAACCUGAAAUCAUUACCGAUAAUGUUGCUGUGAUUAAACAGCAUGAUAAAGAAUUGUUGUCACUAUUAUCAUUUUUAUCUACAACCAAUAUGCUUCAAGUUAUCGAAUCAAUCCAAGCAAUCGAAUCAUCAUCAUCAUUUGACAACACUGAAAUUAUUAAAAAUAAAAUCAAUGAUGAGCAAAAUCAAGAAAGUAUUUUGAUGACAAUGCAAGAUACACAACUUGAACCAGGAAUUGCUACCGAUAAUAUUGCUAAUGAGCGUAAUGGCAAUGACUAUUCUUCAUCAUUCCAAUCAUUAUUGUCAGCAAUUGAUACUGACAUACUUCAAGCGAUUGUAUUAUUGUCGCUAAAAAAUAUUGAAGAAUUCAAAGCAUCUUACUCGAAGAAAGAUUUAAAUUGCUCAAGUAUUGAUUUUAGUUCAAAUGAAAAAGAAUGCUUGUCCAAUGAGAAUGGCAACAGCAAUGACAAUUCUUCAGUAAUUGAAUUGCCACAAUCACAUUGUUAUCAGCAAUUGACACUGACACACUUAAAGUCAUUGAAUCAUUAUCUUUAA